AUGUCGCAAUAUCCCAACCCGUACGGCCAUGGCCAAUACCCUGGUACAUACCCGCCUCCGCCAUACCCCUACCCCGCGACGGGUUAUUCGGCGCCUGGUCAGAGCUCUGACCCUGCACAAUUGCACCGGGAUGCAUCUCAAGCUGCAUACAACUUCAAUGCGGGCCACAUCCCGGGGUUGGGAAUAGGAGGCACAAGUGCUGCCGAUGGGCAAAGACACCCCGCCUUGGGCAUAGAGUCCUGGCCUCAAGUACCCCCAUUCUUCAUGCCAACACAAGGACCACCACAACCUCGCCUCGAUUCUUCUACAGUCCCAAUCCAGUCUCAAUCUAGCGCUGCCCACCAUGUAAAACCCGGACCGCAAAGCUCCGGUCAACCGGCGCCAGCAGUCGCACACCCCACAGCAGAUGUUGAUAUGGAGGAAGGUGAGCUUAGUGAGGGGCAGUUUGAGGACUUGUACGAACCCAGAGAGUAUAUUCCUGCGACAGCACCUCCACCAACCUCCAAGCUCCCGGCAGCUCACCCGAUCGCGGAUCUCAGCCAACCCACAAGCGCAGCCGAUACCCCAGACGGGGGUUUUUAUGCUAGCGAUGAAGAGAGUGGUGACAAAGCUUUGAAUGGUGAUGAAGGUCGUGAUCGCUCCGCGUCAUAUUCACCCUUCUUAUCUCCAAAGGAAGGCCAAAGUGAGGGCCCGACCCCACAGCCCCGGACAACCAAGCCGACACAGGACACCGAAGUGACCUCGAAAUCUGCUGCCAUUCCGCCGCCCGUAGUAUCCAAGGACGCUGGAGCAUCUGCGCCCCAAGCACACGAGGGCCCAGGAACACCAUUUAAAACCGUCCAAGAAGCGAAAAAAGAAGCACAAAAGGCAAUUCUCCGGCUUUGGCCUCUUGGAGUUAAAUACCAAAAUUAUCUGGACGAAGGAUUUGACGAAGGGCUGAUCAAGAGCCUUUUCGUGGACCUCCAUCUUGAGUUGCCAAAGGUAGCACCAACGAUCCCGCCACCUUCCCAGUCCAAAGCAUCGCAACCGGGCCAGGAUGGCAGCCAGCCAGCGAAAUCUCAACUUCAGCAGACGGGGUCAUCGGCCAAAGGCCCGGAUGCUGCGCCAGAGAAGGGCGGGAAAGCAGAGGAGCGGAAAGACCGCAUUGCGCGUCUCCUUGCCGCGAAGGCAGCCAAAGGACCAGCACCACCAAAACCUGUUGGUACCACGGUCUCGCAACCCAAGGCUGCUUUACCAGACUCACAGUCCCAAAGCACUGCUCCCACGCCUCAGGGUGUCACCGCCCCUAAAGCCAAGGCGUGGGGAGACAAAGAGCGGUUGCUUCAGCAGAAGAUAGCGGCACUACAAAAGUCUCGUGAAGCGCAAAAGGCAUCGGCCGACCAAAUUGAGGCGUCUAUUACGGCGGCCGCUACCACGGCGGGCCCCAUCAUUCCCACCGGUCCCAAAGCCGAGACCACGUCUGCCGUAUCAGACGGCCCCAAGCCCGCUGCACCUCAGGCUGGUGUGGCACUGGCUGGGUUGCUGUCAUCGCCUAAUACCCCUCAGAAUCUUGUAGCCCAGCGCAAGCGCCCGGUGGCUGCAGAUUUUGUCGACUAUUCAUCCACCGCGGUUCCAGCGAAACGGCCAUUCGCACAAAUGCGCCAGGAAUCGACGCUGAUCAUUGAUGUUAGCGAUGAAUCCGAGGACGAGGAGAUGGAUGUAGAAAUGGAGAUGGAAUCGCCGGUUGAUGAGUCCUUGCCGACUCCUUCCAACGGCCUCACUGGACAACGUGGGCCCGCCAUCCGUGACUUCCCGCCUCUGACAGAUACCUUGCCACAACGCCAGUUCUCAAGCCCAGCGCCCUCCGUCACACCACCUGGGGGGCGCCCGAACAACACGAAGCGAGAAUCAGAGUUGGAUCUCAAGGAAAAAGCAAUCCAGGAUAUGAGACGUCGGAUUGCCCUAGCAGAAGCCAAACGGAAGGUAAAACAGCAAACGGGCGGAUCGGUAACCCCGAACCAGCUGCCUCUUGAAGGCAAGGAGGGCCGAACUGGCCACAUGAGCAAUUCGGAGGGCUCUGAAAAGGCCUCGCCUCAGCCGACUUCGGAGCUAGUAUCUGCUAGUCUCCCCAAGACAGACGAGCCGACUGGCGUGGAUCCAUUUCAGCGUGCCCAACGCCGGGGCCGCAUCAUGAGUCUAGAGAUUCCUCGUGUGGAGCUGUCUCUCGCGGAAAAGAUGAAGCGCCUUGAGCAGCUUAGACUUGAACAGGAACGGCUGCAAGCCGAGAUUGACAACAGUGUCAUUGAGCAACAAAAGUUGGCGGAUGAGCUGCAGCAACUGGAUAGUACGGCCGAGGAAAGCCCCCAUACGAAUGGGCAGGGUUCCGCAAAAGACUCCGGUCCCCUAUCGGCACCUACCGUUGAGGAGCAGCGUGGUGAGGAGCUGGAGCCGGACCUGAACGAGCCACAAACAACUAGCACCACCACCGGAUCCCGUGUAGAUCAAUCUCCAGCUGAGGUUGUCGUGGAGCAACCGUUGAGUCCCUCGAGAGCAUCCGAACAACCGGUCUCGGACGCGGAUACCCUACCUCGUGACGGCACGGAGGAUGCCACGGAUGCCGAUGGGACCACGCCGAUGGAAAUUGAUUCCAGGGCAUCCAGCCUCGAAGUUGAGGAGCGUCUUGGCAGUGCUGAGGACGAGCCGGCGGGUGGUCUACCCGAGCAGAUAUCGGGGGCAGCACAGCCUCGGGAAGCGGUGCAGGAAAUUGAGGCCGAAGUUACGGGAGAAGUACAUAUCGUUCCCUCCCUGGGGGCCCCCUCUCUUGAGUUGACACCGGCACAGGUGCAAGAACCUCGGAUCACGAAGUCGACCGGUGGCUUGACACCCUACCAAAGCCCACUCCGUUAUUUCCGCGCGUACCGGUUCCACCCGCAGUACAAAGACUCCGUCACGGGAGGGCUUAGAUCUUUGACGUACAGCAACAGAAUUGACCCCGAGCGAGAGCUCUGCCCCUACGAACUUACUGGACAACAGUGCCCGGACAAUUGCGAGUUCCAGCAUAUCGGUUCCAUCGGUGCCGCCGAUGACCAAAUCCUGCUGGAGCUUGGCAACUCGGACGACUACAGCAGCGAGCAGAAGGGCCGGUUUAUCCAGGGCCUGAGAGAACUUCUCCAGAAAUUCAAGGCCGAUAAGGUUAAGGAUUUCGACACCAUUGCGUCCGGCAUCAUCAGGUACCGCUCAGAGUUUCUCGGGGACAACUCCAAGGUACUGCGCUUGGAAGGCGUCACCAUUUGA